GGCUAUCUCUGUGUGUUUUGUUGUUAAUAACAGGAGGUUUUGUUUUGUUUUCUUUGACGUCUCCACGCACGAUUUUAAGCCUCCAUUACGCUCUGCACGCCUCCUGAAAGAGAGAGAGAGAGAGAUCGAAUCAUCUUAAUUAAACCUCUCUCGUGAAUCCGCUAGAUUCUCUCUUCACCGUUUUCUCGCCUCUCCUCUCCUCUCCAUUUUGUUUUCUUCUUCUUCGUCUUCUUCUUCUUGCCAUUGCCAUGGUGGGUGCUGCUGCGUCUUCCUGUUACGCAUCUCCCUUAUGCACCUUCUUCGUUGCUGCUUGCAUGUCCCUCUCUCACGGCGGCGGUGAUACCCGUCAAGCCUUUGGGCGGAGCCGUCGAAGGAGACAACAGCUCGGCAAAUGCUCUGGAUCCGGUAGCAUUCUCGUGUCUUCUUGUUUGGAGUUUAAGCCUUGCAGUCACUACAACAAGAACAACAAAGGCAAUGCCUUUCCUCUCCUCGGAUCGAAUAGCCUUUCUCUGAAUCGAAAGCAGAGGAAACUGAAUCGAGCAACUUCUUCUUCUUCCGGUGGAGCCAUGGCUGUUGCAAUGGGUAUGGAAAAGGAAGGCACUGUUGACAAGAAACCCCCUAUGGAGCAGCGUCGUGUUGUAGUGACAGGAAUGGGAGUUGAAACAUCAUUAGGUCAUGACCCAAACACCUUUUAUGAGAAUUUGCUACAAGGCAACAGUGGUAUUAGCCAGAUUGAGAAUUUUGAUUGUUCUGAGUUUCCUACGAGAAUAGCGGGAGAGAUCAAAUCAUUCUCAACUGAAGGAUGGGUUGCUCCAAAACUCUCUAAAAGGAUGGACAAGUUCAUGCUCUAUCUUCUCACUGCUGGUAAGAAAGCUUUGGCUGAUGGUGGGGUAACUGAUGAAGUAAUGGCAGAGUUUAACAAAGCCAAAUGUGGAGUUUUGAUUGGCUCUGCAAUGGGUGGCAUGAAGGUGUUUAACGAUGCUAUUGAAGCGCUGAAGAUCUCUUACAAGAAGAUGAAUCCUUUCUGUGUACCUUUCGCAACAACAAACAUGGGUUCUGCUAUGCUUGCUAUGGAUCUGGGAUGGAUGGGGCCUAACUAUUCUAUUUCAACUGCUUGUGCAACAAGCAACUUUUGCAUUCUGAAUUCAGCAAACCACAUUAUCAGAGGUGAAGCUGAUGUAAUGCUCUGUGGUGGCUCAGACGCAGUUAUCAUUCCAAUAGGGUUGGGAGGUUUUGUUGCGUGCAGGGCUCUUUCACAAAGGAAUAAUGAUCCCACAAAAGCUUCACGCCCUUGGGAUAGCAACCGAGAUGGUUUUGUGAUGGGAGAAGGAGCUGGAGUUCUGCUUUUGGAAGAACUUGAGCAUGCUAAGAAAAGAGGAGCAACAAUCUACGCAGAGUUCCUUGGUGGGAGUUUCACAUGUGAUGCCUACCACAUGACUGAGCCUCGCCCUGAUGGGGCUGGUGUCAUUCUCUGUAUCGAGAGGGCAUUAGCUGAUGCUGGAAUUUCCAAGGAGCAGAUAAACUACAUAAACGCACAUGCAACCUCAACUCCAGCUGGGGACCUUAAAGAGUACCAAGCCCUUGCUCACUGUUUUGGCCAAAACCCUGAGCUAAAAGUAAAUUCUACAAAAUCUAUGAUCGGACACUUGCUGGGAGCUGCUGGGGCCGUAGAAGCUGUCGCAACCAUUCAGGCAAUAAGGACAGGAUGGGUUCAUCCAAAUAUCAACCUCGAGAAUCCAGACAAUGGAGUGGAUACAAGUUUGCUGGUGGGUCCUAAGAAGGAGAGAUUGAGCAUUAAAGCAGCCUUGUCAAAUUCAUUUGGGUUUGGUGGCCAUAACUCCAGCAUCAUUUUUGCUCCUUACAAGUGAAAAAAGCAAAAGUCGUUUUCUUGUAUAACUUGCUGUAAGUGUUUUACAAGAGCUCUCCCUCAUGUUAUGUUGUGGUGGGAAUCAACACAGCCAAGAGCUAAGCUAAGUUUCUUAGGAUCAAGAUUUGAUGUGCUAGAGAACUUGGAUAGGAGGAGCAAACGUAGGAGAGUUUGGAUUUGCCAUCAAAAAAUUGUUCAUUAUGAUAUGUUUUUAAUGUGUUUCAGACUCAAAUUCUCAGAACAAGGUUAAAACUUUUACGUGUUGUCCUAACCAAUUACGUACUUGGUGAGAUUAGCAAUAUAUCUUUAGUUCAUGUCGUAAA